UAUAUAUUUAUAUAUUAUAUAUAUUUUAGCCUAUUGACUUUCGAUUUUUGAUGAAAUAGAAUACAUAACCUUUGCGAAGAUAAUUUAUAACAUUUCAUACAAUUAUUUUUUAAUAUGGCGCACAAUGAUAAACCAAGUGCACUUGAUUUACAUAUAGAAGGUAAAUAUUUAAAAAAUAAUAUUCCAUAUAUAAUAGUGAUGUAUGCGUACACGCAUACACAAAAUAAACGUACAUACACAAAUACACACAUACACAAAUUUUAGAAAUACUUAAAAUACAUUUUUAAGAUGUAUUAUUUUUCUAGUAAAUAAGCAAAAUCUAUCGUUUUCGGAGAAAAAUGUCAGAACGUUACGGUGGGUAUCAUGUUGUUUGCGCGCAUUAUUUAUAUUAAUAAAGAUUUUGUUUAUUUUUAUCACGGUGUUCUUGGUAUUAGACUUCCAACUAAUCCAUCUUGGCCAAAAAUACCACGUCGCUUAACCAAUAGUGCUAAUAACAUUAUUGAACCUCCAUGUGUGAUUACUUUGAUGGGAACUUGUACAAAAACUUGCAAUACAAUGCGAGCUAUUACAUGUCAACAUUCUAAACCGAAAUGUGAAGCAGUCACACAAAUGCCAAAAAGACUAUCUGGAUGUCUGGAUCCACGUUUUAGAAGCUUCAUUGUGCAUGGCUACUGAACGAGAUGAUAAUAUACAUAGAUCUUUUCAAGAACAGAAACAAGUGAGUGAGAACAAAUUGUUCUUUAUAGAUGCCAUUAUUAUUGUCGAUAUUAAUUAUUAAAAGCUUAACAUUAAAGUAUAUUUGUUGUAGCGGAAUAACAUAUUUAAAUAAGUAACUAUUAGACGCGCAAAUUAAUUCGGUACUUUUUUUGAAAAAGCUGAGCCUUUAUU